AAACAGCGGUCUCGAUUGGGUGGCAUGUGAGGGGAGAAGGCGGGAUUGGUUUCCUGAGAGAGGCGACGAGAAGAUGGCGGCGGAAACCGUGGAACUGCAUAAACUGAAGCUUGCUGAACUGAAGCAGGAAUGUUUAGCCAGAGGUCUGGAGGCAAAAGGAAAUAAACAAGAUCUUAUCAACAGAUUGCAAACCUAUCUUGAACAGCAUGCUGAGGAGGAGGCAAAUGAAGAAGAUGUAUUGGGAGAAGAAACAGAGGAAGAAGAACAGAAACCCAUAGACACUCCUAUCAAAGAGGAAGUAGCUACUGAGAAAUCAACUGAAGUAGGUUCAGAAAAGAAAGUGGUGAAAAUUACCUCAGAAAUUCCACAAAUGGAGAGAAUGCAAAAACGGGCAGAGAGAUUCAAUGUUCCUGUGAGUUUGGAGAGUAAAAAAGCUGCACGAGCAGCUCGGUUUGGUAUGUCUACAGCUUCAGCUAAAGGUCUCUUAGCAGAAAGUAAGACUUCAGUAAAUAUAGACAAAUUGAAGGAGAGGGCUCAGAGAUUCGGCUUGAAUGUCUCCACUGUCUCCAAAAAGAAUGAAGAUGAUGAGAAGCUGAAAAAGAGAAAGGAGAGGUUUGGUAUUGUAACAAGUUCAGCUGGGACAGGAACAACAGAAGACACAGAGGCAAAGAAGAGAAAAAGAGCAGAACGUUUUGGCAUUGUCUGAAGAUCUUCCUCUUAGCCUUUGCCUGGUUGGGUGUAUCUUUUACACAUUUUUGUUCUUCAUACUUAAUGCAGGAUAUAGUUUUUUUCCUCACACAAAACUUGCCUUUGCAUUUUAAAGCUAACUAUUCAGUUGUGUUCCCUGCCUCUCUUGGACUUGAAAUACAUUUUAAAAUAUUGGGUGCAGAAUUCUUUUGAUUGUGUAAUGUAAACAGUUUGAAUUCACUGGCAGAAUGUCAUAUCAGUCACUUACAUUUAAAUUACUCCUCCAGCUUGCUUCUCUGUGUAAGUUUAAAUAGCUGCACAAAAUAGAAAUACUUAUUAGGAGCACUAUGAAUACUUUCAUCCCAUUAGUCAGUCCCAGCCCCAGUUGAAAUCUGUAAUAACUAAAUCAUUAAUUGUCUUAAUUUCCCUUGGUUUUAACUUAGGCGUUCGUUGUCUGCUCACUUCAGUGUUUUCAUUGCCCAUGGUUAGGAAAUGGCCUUCCUUUUCUGUCCCCAUCCAUGAGCAAAAUGCUGUAAGUCAUAAACAUAGUCUGUCUCAGUUGAUUUAAUCUGAUGUCAUUUUUAUACUCAUAGUUUAACUUUUUCUCUCAUUGGGUUCAAUUACAAUCUUACUAACACUGGGUCUUAUAAAGUCAUGAGACAUUCGAUCUACCAUGUACCUGGAUGCAUCAUAUAUAAUCAUCAGUUAAGAUAUUUUUUCCUUUUUAUAUCUUGUGCAGCUGUUACACAUUUUGAAGGACACCGUUGGUCCAUAGAAUAGUUUUAAUUGUGUCAGACACUGAUUGGCUGCAGUUUGAAAUAUCCCAAAGUGAAAGAAGUCAGGUAGUCAUGGAUUUAACAACCAACACUACACAGUCCCUCAGAGACACCUUGUUAGUAAUGAUAUCUCUAGAUCGUUUCCAUGAGGCUUCAUAUUUUCUUGACCAAAUUUUCUUUCCCUUUGAAGAUAGUAUCAACAGAGAUUUAAAACAAUGGAAUUAUUCAUUGUAAAUACAAUAUUCAUGUUCAACUUUUAAUCAUUUCAUGUUUCUCCCUAAAUUGAAUGUAUCCUGAAAAGUGAUAUUUCCAUUUGCAGUGCUGCAGUUUAUUAAACAUAAUGAGUUGGAGAAAACCCUUUCUCCCAUCGUGUUGUUGCAUUUACUUUUCCUGCAAACAAAUUGUUCAUGCUUGCUAUCUGAGUAAAAUGCAGCUGAGAGCUCAACAUCUUCAUCAAUGUGAUUCCAUCUUUUUUUAAACCUGUAUGAAGAUAUUUUCUUCAUAUAGCCCAAAUGUCAUUUAGCUAAUAUUACAGACCCUUUCUUGUCUGUCACAGAUUUUAUAUAUUGUUAUUGACUGGUGGUUUAAAUGUUAGUCCACUUGGACAUCUUUGGAUUUUUAAUUUUUUUUUUUACCUUAGACAUUCCCUGAAUGAUUAGUGGUUUUUUCUGAUGUCCCUUACACAACUUCUUCCUCUUAUGUGCAGUGCAGAUUAAAGAACAUGUAGAAAAAUGA